GGUUAUUUAACAACGGCUACAGUCGUCAUGGCAUUAAUAUUUUACAUGUAUUUGACAUUUUCGAGGGACUUUUUAAAACUAGGAAUACUAUUCGAAUAGACGUUUAAGUAUCGUGAUUUUCGUCUUCUUAGAUCGCAAAUGCUAAGCAGCUAACGGGUUUAGCAGUUUUGCUAACGUACUUUAUGAUGUCAAACCCCCCCAAACAGAUUAAGCUGGAGGUAGCGAUGGCUUCUUUAGACUGGCACCUGUCCCUGAAGAUGCUGGAUCAGCCCAAAUCCACCUUCCACUUCCCAGACAUGAUGCCUGGGGAUGUUCCUCCUGGAGGAUACAGAAUCGCAACUGUAAAACAGCUUGUUGCAGCACAGAUCCCAGACUCCUUCCCAGAUCCUGAACUAAUAGAGUUUGUCCACUGUGGGCGGAAGCUGAAGGACGACCUUACUCUGGAUGCCUGCGGGAUUCAACCGGGAUCCACCUUACACCUCCUUAAAAAGACCUGGCCAGAGUCAGAGAGCCGUUCAGAGCCUGUGAACAGAGCAACAGCAGCCAGGGAGUUUAGGGUGUUUCACGCUGCCCUACACUCUCUAAACUCUGCCUACAGAGACUCAGUUUAUAAAAUGCUGACGAAUAAAGAGUCUCUGGAUCAGAUCAUCGUGGCUACACCAGGGCUCAGGUCAGACCCAGUUGCCCUAGGGGUUCUUCAAGACAAAGAUCUCUUCGUGCAGUUCACAGACCCCAGCAUGCUAGAUGUAUUGAUGUCUUCACAUCCGGCCCUCGUCAAUGCCAUCAUCCUGGUGCUGCACUCUGUGGCCGGCAGCAUGCCCGCUCAGUCCAGCUCUAGCUCCUCUCGCAAUGUCUCAGCCAGCUCCUACAGUGAUAUGCCAGGGGGCUUCAUGUUUGAGGGCAUGUCUGACGAUGAGGACGACUUCCAGUCUGGGGGCUCGGCAGGUCCCUCACACAGAGCAGGAGGCUCGGUGGGAAUACGGCCAGUGUCUCUGAGUCACAGCGGAGCGACGGGCCCUCGACCAAUCACGCAGAGCGAGCUGGCCACAGCGUUGGCCCUCGCCAGCACUCCGGACAGCAGUGCGGUCACGCCAACAACUUCUAGCCAGUCGGACCCCUCGAGUGGCGUAGCCCCCAUGCCAGCAGGGACCCCAGUGAGUAACGAUCUCUUCAGCCAGGCACUACAGCAAGCUCUGCAAGCCUCCAACAUGUCUGCUCUACAGGGCCGCUGGCAGUCCCAGAUGCAGCAGCUCAGGGACAUGGGGAUCCAGGAUGAGGAUCUGAUGCUGAGGGUGCUGCAGGCCACAGAUGGUGACAUCCAAGCUGCCCUGGAGCUCAUAUUUGCUGGAGGCCCCGGACUCUGAGCCAUCACCCCACAGACAGAGGCUUUUAUAGAGCAGAUAGAGAGCGGGAAAAGGAUCUACAGUAUUCAGAUGUAUUAUUAUUACCCUGUUUAUCACAUUUACAGCAUCAGGUUCUCUCUAAGGUCAUGAUAGCUUUUUGUUAUUAAUGUGAUUUGUUGUAAUAAAUGUGAUCAUGCUUACCUCAUCCAA